AUGGCCACCUCAGCAUCACUCCAACCCCCAGACCACAUGUCUGUCAUCGGCUUUAUCAUCAACGGCGUGCGCUACGGCUCGUACAUUGCCCCCGAGUGGUGGCCAGACGCGGGGCUCACCAUGUGGAUGUUCGUCACUGGCAUGACAGGCGAUGACCUCGAGACAAUGGCAAAACGUCUGAGAAGCGUUCACUGGGAACACGACGAGGGCACGUUCUUCCUCCGCCGACCGGUGGACACGUUGAAAGGAAUCCUUGAUGGCUCAGUCCAAGCAAUGCCCAACCACCCAUGGCGCCUGUGGAACGGUACCCAGCGUUGGGCCUACUUCGUCGACUUUGAGAACGAGGAAUACGAGAUUUGGCGCUACGGCGCAGUCGAGCGUUGUUCAGGCCGCGCAAGUAUCAGCGAUCUGACAUGGGAGGGCUGGUGUGCCAUCCGCCAGCGCAUGCUCGACGCGGAGGCGAACGAUGAAGCCCCGCCUGACAUGGUGGACCCCAUGGCCCUCUCGCACGCGCUUGCCCGCAUGCAGAUUCAACAGUCGGCCAUGAUGGAGUAA